UUUUUUUAUUUUUUUAUUUUUUUUUAUUUUUUUUUAUUUUUUUUUAUUUUUUUUUAUUUUUUUAUUUAUUUUUGUUUGUUUAUUUAAUUUAAACCAAGGAUAUUAGGGACAUUUUACCUUUUAAUGAAUGUCAUUUUUGUGACUUUCUCCUUCUAGUGCUUUUUUUGAGACAUAAACUUCAAAAGGUGCUAUUAUUGACAAUUGCCCAUGAAUAAAUUUAUCAUCAAUUGAUUACUCUUCCAAAUAAAACGUACGUUAUUUUGAAACAAAAAUAUUAAAUGAUGAUUUUACCCAAAAACUGUUAAAUAAUGAAUAACAUAAAACUAUCAACGAAUAAAUUUAUCAUCAAUUAAUUAGUCUUCCACAAAUAAAACGUACGCACUUCCCUAUAACAUCUCUAAUUCAUUUUCACCAAUCUAACAUCCUAAACCAAAGGAAAAUAUGGCAAAGUCUCUUUCCAUGUUAAUGUUUGUAUUCACAGUAGUAUCUUUCAUGUCUCCCACAAUAUUUUCCCAAGAAUAUGAUUAUUCACUAGAAGAUGUGAGCAUACCUCCUAUACCAGAUUAUAUCGAAGCUCCAUCACAACCACAAGUGAGUUAUUACACGAACGAAGAGUUUGCUUUUCUUCAGGAUUGCCUUAAAAAGGUGGAGACGGAUUAUUGUGCAGCUAAAAUUUUUAAGGACAUGUUGGAUGAGACUACGACGCCGUUGACGAUUGGAUGUUGUCGUAAUCUAUUAAAGAUUGGCAGAGAUUGUCAUCUAGUAGUAGCUAAAUUCGAAUCUGUACCCCAGAAUGCUUUUAUAGAUCCUAGUGCAGCUAAUGCAGUCGCAAAAAGCAAAUAUACAUGGAAGGAUUGUGUCCGCAGAAUUGAGAGCUACAUUGGUGCUCCCGAGCAAUCCCAAGAAUUUGAUCGAUAUUCACCAGAGGUACCAGAGGUACCAGAAGAUGUGAACAUAUCUCCUACGCCGGAUUUUGAUAUCCAUGAUGCUCAUGAUCCUCCAUCCGCCGAUUCACCGUCAUUGGACCACCGAAGGUUGAGUUAUUACACGGACAAAGAGUUUAGUAUUCUUCAGGGUUGCCUUGAUAAGGUGGAGACAGGAUAUUGUGGAGCUAAAAUUUUGACGGACAUGUUGGAUGAGACUACGACGCCGUUGCCGAUUGAAUGUUGUCGUUAUCUAUUAAAGAUUGGCAGAGAUUGUCAUCUAGUAGUAGCUAAAUACGAAACUAUACCCCAGUUUGCUUAUUUUGAUCCUAGUGCAUCUAACGCAGUCCCAAAAAGCAAAUAUACAUGGAAGGAUUGUGUCCGCAGAGUUGAGAGCCAUAUUGGUGCUCCGAUCUCUUUGGAAUAACUAAACUAAUAUUUCAUCAGAUAUUAUAUGCGUUUUAAAAUUUUAUGAUUGUUUUAUUAUAUUAAACAAUUAUCCCUCUACUGGAAAAUACAUUAUAUGUUUGAUGUACUCUUAAAUAUAUAUGGCAUGCCCAUGCAAAUAUAUAUAUAUAUAUAUAUAAAUAUUAUUUGAAAAGUCAGUUUCAAAAUCCUUAAUGAACUAAAAAGAUUGAAUUUAAAUACUAUUAUUCAUUUUUUUAGUUUUAUUUUUCCUUUUUCUAAAUAACACAUAUAGUAAAAAGGAAAAAAAAUAUAAAGCUUAAAAACGAAAAUAUUUGUACAUUUAAUAUGGUUUCAUUAAAAAAGAAAGUUCACAAAAUAGUAAUAUUUCGUUUAAAACAUAUUUUACAUAACAAAAAUAUACAUUCAAAGUAAUAAAAAUACAUUCUUUAUAUCUCUUAAUAUAAAAUAAAUAUAUUUUCAAAGUAAUAGAAAUAUUUUCUUUUUAUCUAUCUAUUUUCUUAGAUGAUUACAUAAAUAUAUUUGUAAUUGACUAAAAAUAGUUUAUAAUUAUUAUUAUUGAAAUGUUUUUUCAUAAUCUUUAGCUGACUAUAAUAUCUUACAAUUACAGCAAAAACUACAUGUAAAUUAUAUUUUAUUUAUAUAAUUGAUCUCACAAAAACAAUCACAAUUUUAGUGCUGAUUUUUAAGAGAGAUUAAAAAUUGGAGUUUUUUUUAAUUUGGGUAGAAUUUGGAAGUUGUUUGAACGAUUUUGGUGAAGGUUUGAAAAUACAUUUAAACAACACCAUUGUUGCUUCUGAGUUAUCUCUAACAUUAUGAAUUCUAAUGAUAUUAUCACCUCCUAGGAUGCUUACAGUAAAAGAAACAACAGUUUUAAUUUUUUUCUUACUGGUCUUAAUAAGCCCAUUCAGAAAUAUCUCCCAAUAGUCUCUUCACUGAAGGUCCCUACAGGUACACGAGACACUGCUAUAUGCUUCUGCAUAUCUUUGGCGAAUAUAGAGCUCAUCACAUAAAAACAAAAAGAUGAUGAACCUAAAUCUUCAAAUUGCAAUGCGAUCUCUCGCGGAAGAAUCAAAACCUUGAAGUUGCUGUACUUUUCUUUUCUGUAUGGUUCUCUGAGUGGGACUAAGUAUUAUUUAUAAUAUUUUUUUUGUAAUUAUUAUUAUUUUUAUUUUUUUAUUUUAAAAACAUAAUAUAACUUGACAAUAUUUUGUUUCUUUUUAUAAAAGAUAUCAAAUUUAAAAUAACACAAUCCUAUUAGUUGGUGAACCUAGAAGUUAAUAGAUUGGUGAACCUAAAAGUUCAGGGUGAACCCAACAAUAAGUCAAUAAAGAACAACACUAUUUAUUUGAUAUAUGUUUUCAUAAAUUAUAUGUAGAUAGAAUACAAAGCACAACGGUGCACACCAGCAUAUGCAACGUUAAAGUUUAGAUUUUAAAAUAAUAAAAAACCAUAAUACAUUUUUAACCGUAGAUUUUAAGUUACAUAUAGAUAUCCAUAUAACUCGUACGAUGAAACUUUGAAUUUUGUGAAAGAAAACUCCAAUAAGUUAAUAUAAUCAUGUUAUUGGAUAAUGUACAUAAAUUUUAAAGGUGACUGUUUAUGAGGAAACAAAUCAGAUAUGCACGAUUUUGUUUCCUACAAAUGGCUAAUUUUACCAAUUUAUAUUUAAGUUGUUUAGAUUGUUUUCCUUCGAGUGUGUAUAGAAAAUUUAUUCAAAAGUAUGUGGUUCAUUGAAUAUUGAUAUUUACAAUGAACACGUUUCAUACAUAGAUGACAUAUAGAUAUUAACCUAAAAUAACCUUAACAAAAAUUAAAAUACAAUAACUUUCAAAUCAAUAUUCAUAUAUUAGUAUAUAUAAUCAUACUUAGUCCCACUCACAUUUACAGUCGGCUUUCCAAAACUUUGUGCUACAUUAUGUUUCAUCUUUCAAUGGCCAACACUAAACAAAAACCAGUUUCAAUCUUAUUGCUUACUACAUUUUGCUUCUUGUCGUUAUACUUUGUGAAAAAUCAAGCCUUCUCAAAAGUCUCAUAUCCAUCUACCUUAGGUCUAAACCAAGAGAAACUAACACAUCUUCACUUUUACUUCCACGACAUGUAUGGUCACAACCCAACAUCAGUGAAAGUAGCAAAAGCCGCACAAACAAACACAUCUAAAACAUAUUUUGGUUCCAUGUUCGUAAUGGAUUGUCCUCUAACUACACUUCCUAAUAUAAGCUCCAAUAUAAUAGGGUAUGCACAGGGUAUGACAGCAUCUGCAUCUCAAACCGAAUUGGGAUUGUUGAUGAUUCUCCAUUUUGUGUUUACGGAAAGAGAAUAUAAUGGAAGCACGAUUAGCAUUCUUGGACGUAACCUUGUGUUUGAGAAUGUUAGGGAGAUGCCUGUUGUUGGAGGCAGUGGCCUGUUUCGAUUCGCUAGAGGAUAUGCUGAGGGAAAGACUUAUUCAUUAGAUGUGAAAUCUGGAAAUGCAACUCUUGAAUAUAAUGUAUUUAUCUUGCAUCCUUGAUGUAUUAUACAAUAAUGUUAAAGCUAAACUAUUUUAUUAUCGUUGA